AUGAGCGGUAGACCUUACUCGGCUGGUAGUUCUGGAAAUAGUUCAUAUGGUGAACCAUAUCAUAGAAGAGAAGGUUAUGAAAGAGGUGGAAGAGGCAGAGGUGGUUAUGUGAGAGAAAGCGGCCGUGGAGACUAUAGAGGUGGAUAUAGAGGGAGUAGCUAUAGAGGUGGCAGAGGUGGUGGCUAUCAGUCAGGUUAUCAUGGCUCUUAUAACUCUCAAGAAUAUCAAAGAGACUCAUAUUCAUCUCCAUCAGCUGCCCCAAGACACAAUUCUGAUUCCUUUAGACGUGAUUCUGAACCAAGAGAAUCUGAAGACGCAUCUGCUUCUACUCAAGAAGCUAAGAGAAAUUCUUUACCAGAAGUUGAAGGCUACAACCGUUCUUCAAGAGAUGACUUUAGAGGUGGUUACAGGGGAGGAAGAGGUUCCUAUAGAGGCUCUUAUAGGGGUGGCUAUAAGCCAAGAGACGGUUAUAGUCCAUAUCGUCGUGAAAGUUACGCACAUGGACCUUCAACUCCUAACUCAAGAGCUAAUUCCUUGAAUGGUGCACACUCAUACCAUGAUUCUCCUGAAUCCAACAAUCAAUCACCACAUCGUGUGGAACCAGAAAAGAAGAGCUAUAAGUCACCAUGGAUCCAAAUACUGAAAUUAGAUGCUGCAAAUUUUGAAGAUUCAGAGCUGAAUUUCAAGUUGAAAGAAGUGAUGGAAGAGCAAGAAGCCAUUUAUGCAGAUCAGGAAAAGAUAGAGAAUCAAAUCAAGGAACAAAAGAUCAAAAAUCUCAAAAUACAAAUGGAACUUGGUGUUUUGAAAGCGUGUGCUGAAAAAGAUGCUUUAAAUGUUGAAUUGACUCAAGAGAAAUUAGACACGAUAUCCUUUCUAUGA